GCGAAACCUACCAUCCUUCCCACUCGCAGUAACGCUGUCUGCUGUAGGGUAACAUCACGUUGCGUCUGCUAAACUCAGGAAAACGUACUUUAUCCCUACUGUCACGGAAAUUUCACGCCAGGAACAUGCCUCCUGCGUCAGACUCCGCAGCGUCCAGUUGGUCGGAGUACCGCGACCCAGAGGUAGCGGCUAAGAUUGCUGCCACUCUGCGGGAGCGGAUCAUGAUCCUUGACGGAGGGAUGGGUACCAUGAUCCAGGGGUACCAUCUGGAGGAGGAUGGUUACCGUGGUGAGGAGUUUAAGGACUGGCCCAAACUCCUGAAGGGGAACAACGACCUGCUGAGCCUCACACAGCCCAACAUCGUGUACGACAUCCACAAGGCAUAUUUAGAGGCUGGUGCAGACUUUGCUGAGACGAACACCUUCAGUGGGACCAGGAUCGCCCAGGCUGAUUAUGGCAUGGAAGAACUGGUGUACAGACUGAACAAGGAGUCGGCAGAACUGGCCAAGAAAGCUGCAGACAAAGUCACAGCAGACACAGGUAUACAGAGGUAUGUUGUGGGUGCGCUGGGUCCCACCAACAGAACCCUCUCCAUCUCACCUUCAGUGGAGGACCCUGGGCUCAGGAACAUCACCUGGGAUGAGUUGGUAGAUGCCUAUGCUGAGCAGGCCAAGGGAUUACUGGAUGGAGGGUGUGAUGUACUCAUGGUGGAAACCAUCUUUGACACAGCCAAUUCCAAGGCAGCCCUAUUUGCCCUGUCCCAGCUGUUUGAAGAGGAAUACAAGCCAGUACCUAUAUUUGUAUCAGGAACAAUAGUAGAUAGAAGUGGUAGAACGUUAUCAGGACAGACCUCGGAGGCCUUUGUCAUCAGUGUGUCGCAGGCAGAACCCAUGUGUCUUGGCCUGAACUGUGCCUUAGGAGCCACAGAAAUGAGACCGUUUAUAGAAGCCAUCGGCAAGAACACGACAUCCUACGUACUCUGUUACCCAAAUGCUGGUUUACCAAAUGCUUUAGGAGGCUAUGAUGAGACUCCAGAAAUAAUGGCAGAACAUUUACGAGUGUUUGCUAAGGACGGCCUGUUAAACCUGGUUGGAGGCUGCUGUGGAACAACCCCUGCACACAUCAAAGCCAUUGCAGAGGCUGUACGCCCAUUCAGACCCAGGAAAGUCCCCUCCGUACUGCACGAGGGGCACAUGCUGCUCUCGGGACUUGAACCCAUGUAUGUUGGUCCGCACACAUUGUUUGUGAACAUUGGAGAGAGGUGUAACGUGGCAGGCUCCAGGGCGUUCAACAAGAUGAUCCAGAAAGGGGACUAUGAGAAAGCCCUGAGUGUAGCUAAGCUGCAGGUGGAAAUGGGGGCCCAGGUUCUGGACAUCAACAUGGAUGAGGGCAUGCUGGACGGCAAGGCUGCCAUGGCACGGUUCCUCAACCUCAUCGCAACAGAGCCUGAAAUCUGCAAGGUGCCUUUGUGUAUCGACUCGUCUAACUUUGCUGUGAUCGAGGCAGGGCUGAAGUGUGCCCAGGGGAAGUGUAUCGUCAACAGCAUCAGUCUGAAGGAGGGGGAGGAGGACUUCCUGAGGAAGGCCAGGACCAUCAAGAGAUACGGUGCAGCUGUGGUCGUCAUGGCGUUUGAUGAGACAGGACAGGCUACAGAUGUUGAGCACAAGGUCAAGAUCUGCACAAGGUCGUAUCGUCUGCUGGUGGACAAGGUCGGGUUCAACCCCUGUGACAUCAUCUUUGACCCCAACAUCCUCACCAUAGCAACGGGCAUGGACGAACACAACGAGUACGCCAUCAACUUCAUCGAAGCAACAAGGAUCAUCAAGAAAACCUUACCCGGCUGUCGGGUAAGUGGAGGCCUGUCCAACCUGUCCUUCUCCUUCCGAGGCAUGGAGCGGAUCCGUGAGGCCAUGCACAGUGUGUUCCUGUACCACGCCAUCAAGGCUGGUAUGGACAUGGGCAUUGUGAAUGCAGGAAACCUGCCCCUGUAUGAUGACAUCAAUGAAGAGCUGUUGAAACUGUGUGAGGACCUCAUCUGGAACAAGGACCCUGAGGCCACUGAGAAAAUGCUGGCCUACGCACAGGUCCACGGGAAAGGUGCUAAGAAGGAGCAGGAGUCUGAGGAAUGGAGAUGUCGGACUGUGGAGGACAGACUGGAACAUUCCUUAGUAAAGGGUAUAGACAAGUAUGUUGUAGAGGACACAGAAGAAGCCAGGGCCAACUUGGAGAGAUACCCCCGUCCCCUCAAUGUGAUUGAGGGUCCCCUCAUGAAGGGCAUGAGUAUUGUUGGGGACCUGUUCGGCGCUGGCAAGAUGUUCCUACCGCAGGUGAUAAAAUCAGCCCGUGUGAUGAAGAAAGCCGUGGCCCACCUGAUCCCUUACAUGGAGGAGGAGAAGGCCAAGAUUAAGGACCAGAUGAUGGCAGAAGGGACCUGGGAUGAGAACGCCAAGUACGCCGGGACCAUCGUCCUGGCGACGGUGAAGGGAGACGUCCACGACAUUGGGAAGAACAUUGUCGGCGUCGUGUUGGGCUGUAACAACUACAGGGUCAUUGACCUUGGGGUCAUGACCCCCUGCGAGAAGAUCUUGAAGACGGCUGUGGAGGAAAAUGCAGACAUCAUCGGGCUGUCGGGUCUGAUCACGCCCUCGCUGGACGAGAUGAUUUUUGUUGCCAAGGAGAUGGAGAGGGUGGGGCUGAAACUCCCGCUGCUGAUUGGUGGAGCCACCACGUCAAAGACCCACACAGCAGUUAAGAUUGCACCGCGGUACAAGGAGCCAGUCAUCCAUGUGCUGGAUGCCUCCAAGAGUGUUGUAGUGUGUUCUGCCUUAAUGGACGAAGACCAGAAAGAGGACUUAACUGAAGAGGUUGCUGAAGAGUACGAAGAAAUAAGGGAAGAACAUUAUGACUCUCUUAAGGACCGGAAAUACCUUCCUAUUGAAAAGGCAAGGGCCAGGAAACUGGAGGUGGACUGGGCCUCAUAUGAAGCAGUGCGACCCAGUUUCACAGGAACCAUGGUGUUUGAUGACUACGACCUGAGCCGCCUGGUAGACUACAUUGACUGGAAACCCUUCUUCGAUGUGUGGCAGCUCAGAGGGAAGUACCCCAACCGGGGCUACCCCAAGAUCUUCAAGGACAAAACUGUCGGAGAGGAGGCAAAGAAGGUGUAUAACGAAGCUCAGGCGAUGCUGAAGAAGAUCAUGUCGGAGAAGCUGCUGACGGCGCGGGGUCUGCUCGGAUUCUGGCCGGCCUGCAGCGUCGGGGAUGACAUCCAGGUGUUCCGCGAGGACAGUCUGCCGCGGGAGGGCAUCCCGCUCGCCACGUUCUACGGGCUCAGGCAGCAGGCUGAGAAGGAGCCUGGCGUUACGGACCCUUACCUGUGUCUGUCGGACUGCGUCGCUCCUAAGGAGGCCAGGGUACGAGACUACUGCGGACUGUUUGCCGUUUCGGUGUUUGGAGCGGAGGACAUGUGCCAGAAGUUCAAGGCUGAUCACGAUGACUACAAUGUCAUCAUGGUGAAGGCCCUGGCAGACAGGCUGGCUGAGGCGUUUGCGGAGGAGCUGCAUGAGCGUGUGCGGAGAGAGUUCUGGGGUUACUCACCUGAGGAACUCCUGGAGACCAGCGACCUGCACAGGGUCAGAUACGAGGGCAUCCGUCCUGCCCCAGGCUAUCCCUCCCAGCCGGACCACACGGAGAAGCUGACCAUGUGGGAGCUCGCCGACAUCGAGCUGGCCACCGGCAUCGUGCUGACCGAGUCCCUCGCCAUGGACCCCGCCGCCUCCGUGUCGGGCCUCUACUUCGCACAUCCCAAGGCUGUGUACUUCGCUGUGGGCAAGAUUGGCAAGGAUCAGGUUGAGGACUAUGCCAGAAGAAAGAAGAUGGAAGUACCAACUGUGGAGAAGUGGCUUGGACCCAACCUGUCGUAUGAGACAGACUAACUAACACACACCUGGUACAAGCAAGGGAUCCACCAGGGUUCUGAUUUAUUACCAAGUACACAAUGUACUUCUUAAGGAAAACCAGUCUACUGUAAAUUCAUUUAUUUCUACAGGGACUUAAUUUUGCAGUAGGAGUGGAAAGGAGGUUUUCAGUUCACCGUUGAAACAAUUAUACCCUACAGAAGUAAUACAAUGAAAAUACAUGUAUGCAACAGUCCAAAGCCAGGAUAUAUCUUCACUUGUAAGGAGGGACAACAGCAAUAGAUGACACAUCUUUUUGUUCUGAACCAUGCUGGCAUGACAUCUCACUCUGGCUAGACACAAGUGUGUAAUGUGGUUCUUUUUCUUUUAAAAACUUUAUGAUGUUUGUUUAUAAGUAGGUCUGAAGGUUCACCUUCAGUUUGUCUCUUUCUAUACUUCGUCACUGUCUAUCUUUUAUACAGAUGAAUUACGAUUUUUGUACAAAAUUAAUGAAAAGCUGUAAAAUGUGCUUAUUUGGUUAUGAAAAGAGAGAAAAUGAUGUUGGAAAAACAUGGAUAGAAAUUAAAUUCCUGAAGAUAGAUGUAGAUGUUAAGUAGAAAGGGUGGUGUUGGGUUUUCAGAAUUCUGGAUUGAUUUAUUGUUAUUAAACAAACAUGCUGCUAUAUUUACAAGGAAACAUGCAUCAGUACAUACAUGUAAGUGGUAAAGUCCAAGCAGAUGUUGGGAUGGAAGAUUAUAUCGUUUUCAGGCUAUCAAGAAAAUGUUACAAUAUUCCAUCCUAACAACAGCUAGGAGGCUACAAAAAUGGCACUAUAACCAUGUGGUGGGGUUUGUUCAUGUACAUGUACAUAUACUGGUGGGUACUGUGUGUAACUGUUGAACAUAACAGGUAUUACACUUGUCUCUGAACUAUUUAUGUUCUGGUGAAUACAUUAAAAGGAGGAUCAAAAUUUA